AUGGCGUUGCAAACCCUGGCCAUCGCCGCCGCCGCGGUGGUGUACUUUAUCAUCCGCUACUUCAAUCGAACUGAUGUCCCCAAAAUCAAAGGCCUCCCUGAGAUACCGGGCGUCCCGAUCUUUGGAAAUCUGUUGCAACUCGGUGAUAAACAUGCGACGGUUGCCGGGGCGUGGGCGAAGAAGUAUGGCCCUGUGUUCCAAGUACGCAUGGGAAACAAGCGGGUGGUCUUUGCCAACAGUUUCGACUCGGUGCGACAGCUCUGGAUCAAGGAUCAGUCCGCCCUGAUUUCUCGCCCGACCUUCCACACCUUCCACAGCGUCGUUUCCAGCUCGCAGGGUUUCACGAUCGGUACUUCGCCCUGGGACGAGUCCUGCAAACGUCGUCGCAAGGCCGCUGCUACGGCGCUUAACCGCCCCGCGGUGCAGUCCUACAUGCCUAUCAUCGAUCUCGAAUGCACAGCUAGUAUCAGGGAACUGCUGAAGAACAGCCAAGGUGGCACCGUGGACCUCAACCCGGCCCCCUACUUCCAGCGGUUCGCGUUGAACACCAGCUUGACCUUGAAUUAUGGAUUCCGUAUCGAGGGUAACGUUGAUGACCAGCUGCUCCGCGAGAUCGUGGACGUCGAGCGUGGCGUGUCGAACUUCCGCAGUACCAGCAACAACUGGCAGGACUACAUCCCGCUGCUCCGCAUCUUCCCCAAGAUGAACACCGAGGCCGAGGAAUACCGCGUGCGCCGUGACAAAUAUCUCACCUACCUCCUGGACAUCCUCAAGGACCGCAUUGCCAAGGGAACUGAUAAGCCGUGUAUUACUGGUAACAUUCUCAAGGACCCUGAGGCCAAGCUCAACGAAGCGGAGGUCAAGUCGAUUUGUUUGACCAUGGUUUCUGCCGGUCUGGACACCGUCCCCGGCAACCUGAUUAUGGGUAUCGCGUAUCUGGCAUCCGAGGAUGGCCAGCGAAUCCAGGAGAAGGCCUACGAUGAGAUCAUGAAAGUGUACCCUAACGGCGAUGCCUGGGAGAAGUGUCUGGUUGAGGAGAAGGUGCCCUACAUCACCGCUCUGGUGAAGGAAACCCUGCGAUUCUGGACUGUCAUUCCGAUCUGUCUCCCCAGAGAGAGCACCAAGGAGAUUGUGUACAACGGCGCGAAGAUUCCGGCUGGCACGACCUUCUUCAUGAACGCUUGGGCUGCCGACUACGACGAGGACCACUUCAAGAUGGCCGACAGGUUCAUCCCCGAGCGGUAUCUCGAGCAAAGCGAGGGUGCUGGCACCCCCCACUACGGCUACGGUGCGGGCUCGCGCAUGUGCGCUGGUUCCCACCUGGCCAACCGUGAACUCUACACGGCCUUCAUCCGACUCAUCACCGCGUUCACCAUGCACCCCGCCCAGAACAAGGAAGACCUGCCUGUGCUGGACGCCAUCGAGUGCAACGCGAUCCCUACGGCCCUGACGACCGAGCCGAAGCCUUUCAAGGUGGGCUUCAAGCCGCGCGACGCCGCCUUGCUGGAGAAGUGGAUUGCAGAGAGUGACGAGCGCACGAAGGAGCUUUAA